AUGGAGGCAGCAGCCUCCUCACUCACCAAAGCUCUAUACAAGAACACCAACAACCCCAAACUCGCAUGGCACCUCUUCCACCGCAUCCUCUCCUCCUCCUCCUCCCACCUCUCCCUCCCCAUCAUCACCCGCAUCCUCAUCUCCGCCCAAAUGCUCCCCGAAAUCGACGCCCUCCACCGCCUCCUCCUCCACUCGCUCCGCCCUUCCCUCCUCUCCCUCGGCCGUCUCUUCGCCAAAUCAAACCUCCCCGACAAGGCCCUUUCCCACUUCAACUCUCUCCGAACCCGCUUCCCCGAUCACCCUCCUCCUCCUUGUCUCUACAAUCUCCUCCUCCAGUCUUCUCUUCGAAACAACGGCGUCGACUACGUAUUGUGGUUGUAUAAGGACAUGAUCAUCCUCGCCGGGGUUAAGCCCCAAACGUACACUUUUAAUCUCCUGAUCACCGCUCUCUGCGAUUGCGGCUGUUUGGGAGACGCACGACAGGGGUUUGAUAAAAUGCGUGACAAGGGUUGUGACCCGAAUGAGUACAGCGUCGGCAUUUUAGUUCGCGGGUAUUGUAAAGCUCGGUUAAGCGGUGCAGGGCUGGAGGUUUUGGAUGAGAUGAGGAGUUGUGGCGUUGGGGUUAAUAGGGUUGUGUUUAAUACUUUGGUUUCGAGUUUUUGUAAAGAAGGGAAGACUGAUGAGGCUGAGAGACUGGUGGAGAGGAUGAGGGAGGAGGGUAUGUUUCCGGAUGUCAUUACUUUUAAUUCUCGGAUAUCGGCUCUGUGUAAUGCAGGGAAGAUUCUUGAAGCGUCUAGAAUAUUUAGAGAUAUGCAUAUGGAUCAGGCUCUGGAGCUGCCACAGCCGAAUGUUGUGACGUAUAAUUUGAUGUUGCAAGGGUUUUGCAAGGAAGGGAUGUUGGAGGACGCAGAGAGCUUGUUUGAGUCUUUGGAAAAGGGUGUGAUUAAUUUGGAGAGGUAUAAUACAUGGUUGUUGGGUUUGGUCAGGAAUAAGAAGCUCUUGGAAGCGCGAGUGGUUCUGAAAGAGAUGGUAGAUAAGGGAAUGGAACCUAAUAUUUACUCGUAUAACAUUGUGAUAAAUGGGUUGUGCAAAAAUGGGAUGCUGCGUGAUGCAAGAAUCGUGAUGAAUCUAAUGGCAAGAAACAAUAUUUCACCAGAUACGGUCACCUACAGUACUUUAUUACAUGGAUACUGCAGUAAGGGGAAGGUAUCUGAAGCUAGCAAUGUGUUGCAAUUGCAAGAGAUGAUAAUGAAGAAUUGCUUCCCAAAUACUCAUACUUGCAACAUUCUGCUGCACAGCUUAUGGAAAGAGGGAAGAACAUCGGAAGUGGAGGAACUGCUGCGGAAGAUGAAUGAGAAAGGUUAUGGAUUAGAUACUGUGACCUGCAAUAUUGUGAUUGAUGGUCUAUGCAAUGAUGGGAAAUUGGACAAAGCAAUUGAAAUUGUAAGUGCGGCUCUUGGAAGCUUGGGGAAUUCCUUUGUUGGCCUGGUUGAUGAUAGUAAUGAUGGGAAUAAAUGCCUUCCAGAUUUGAUCUCAUAUUCAACUAUAAUUAAUGGAUUAUGCAAAGCUGGGAGGUUUGAUGAAGCUAAGAAGAAGUUCAUGGAGAUGAUGGGGAGAAAAUUGCAUCAUGAUUCAAUGAUUUAUGAUACUUUCAUACGUAACUUUUGUAAAGAAGGAAAGAUAUCGUCUGCAUUUCGGGUGUUGAAGGACAUGGAGAAGAAAGGUUGCAACAAGAGCCUUCAAACUUACAAUUCACUAAUCCUGGGCUUAGGGAGGAAAAAGCAAGUAUUUGAUUAUGGGCUGAUAAAUGAAAUGAAAGAAAGAGGAGUCCUUCCUGACGUCCAUACUUACAAUAAUAUGAUUACCUGUAACCUGUCUGUGAAGCAGAGAGAGAGAGUCAAAGAUGCAACUUUUCUUUUAGAUGAAAUGCUGCAAAAGGGCAUACCCCCGACUAUUUCUACCUUCAGCAUAUUAAUUAAAGCUUUCUGCGAGGGUUGUGAUUUUGGAGUUGCACGAGAGGUAUUUGACUUUGCUUUAAGUGUAUGUUGCCACAAGGAAGUCUUAUAUAGUAUGAUGUUUAAUGAGUUACUUGCUGGAGGGAUCACAAAAGCUACAGAACUUUUUAGAGAAGCACUGGAGAAGUACCUUUAUCUGGGAAAUUUCCUUUAUAAAGACCUCAUUGAUUGACUCUGCAAGGACGAAAAGUUAGAGGAUGCCUGUAGCAUUCUUCACAAUAUGAUGACUAAGGGAUAUGGGUUUGAUUCAGCAUCCUUUCUGCCAGUAAUUGAUGUUGGUAAAAAGGGGAAUAAGUAUGAAGCUGAUGAACUCGCUGAGAGAAUGAUGGAAAUGACAUCAGAAGGUAGGAUAGCGAAUAAGGUUCACCGAAGUCAGAGAAAUGUAAUUUGUGAAAAACCAAACUCUCAAAGUGAUUGGCAGACCAUAGUGAACAGAGAUGAUGGCAGUGGAAUCAUAUUAAAAACUCGUAAGAGGGUGCAGAAAGGCUGGGGCCGAGCAAAUCUAACGAGUUUGCAAACCCAGAAAGAUGAAUUUUUGAGUAUUGAAAGUCAAGUACCCGCUUAUUUUUUUGCCAGUGUGUUGGAGACAGUGGAUCCUUAUAAUAUUUUUCCAGUAGGACCUCAGGUCAUUAUCUUGAAUCACCCUGGCCAGAUUGGAAACGGUUAUGCUCCUGUGCUUGAUGGCCACACCUCUCACAUUGCUGUCAAGUUCAAUGAAGUUUUGACCAAGAUUGACAAACGUACUGGCAAGGAGCUCGAGAAGGAGACCAAGUUUUUGAAGAAUGUUGAUGCCAAUUUUGUUGAUAUGAUUCCCACCAAGCCCAUGGUUGUUAAAACUUUCUCCGAGUGCCCCCAACAUGGUCUUUUUGCUGUGAGGGACAUGCGCCAGACUAUUGAUGUGGGAGUCAUCAAACUGGAGAAGAAGGAUUCCUGCAGAGCCAAGGUUACCAAGUCUGCAGCCAAGAGGAAAGGAAUUAUGCGCUUUGCAGAUGCAAGUGCAGAAUUGGGUGUUCGAUAG